AUGGUGCCAGCAAUUCGAGUGGCCCCAACAGCGGCCAACCGCGCGCUGAAUCUACUGCGUACCGUGCAGUACACUCACCCUCCUAGCUGUCCCUGCCAUUCCAAUCCCAAUCACCACCACCAUCACAAGACCCCCGCGAUGAUGAACAAUGUCCGCCGUCAUUUAGCCACUCCGGUGGAUCCGUCACGCGAAAAGGAAUAUGCAUUCGAAAUGGCAGCAUCGAGUAUCCGAUUUGGCCCUGGUGCAACCAAGGAGGUCGGCAUGGAUUUUAAGAACAUGGGAGCUAAGCGCGUGUGCAUUGUGACCGAUUCAAAUGUUCUCAAGCUUGAUGCGAUGAAGCAGGCUGUUGAGGGACUUACUCGUGAGGGUAUUCAAUUUACCGUUUUCGAUAAAGUCCGCGUAGAGCCCAAGGAUAGCUCUGUUAAAGAAGCUAUUGCAUUUGCCAAACCUUAUAACCCUGAUGCUUUCUUAGCCGUCGGUGGUGGAUCCGUCAUCGAUACGGCCAAACUCAUGAAUCUUUAUACUGCAUACCCAGAGGCCGACUUUUUGGACUUUGUAAAUGCACCAUUGGGCAAGGGUCUUCCAGUUGACAAGCCACUCCGACCUCUCGUCGCCGUACCCACAACUGCAGGAACAGGUUCCGAAACAACCGGAACAGCCAUCUUCGAUCUAGUCGACAAGAAAGCCAAGACAGGCAUUGCCCACCGAAACCUCAAGCCCACACUGGGAAUCUGCGAUCCUCUCAACACCCGUACCAUGCCUUCAGCCGUGCAUGCUUCAUCCGGUCUAGACGUGUUGUGCCACUCUCUCGAAUCAUGGACUGCAAUUCCUUACAACGAGCGCACUCCUCGUCCAACAAACCCCAUUAACCGUCCCGCCUAUCAAGGCGCGAACCCCAUCUCAGAUAUCUUUUCUCUCCAGGCGCUGCGCAGCACCGUCAAAUAUCUUCCUCGCGCUGUACGGGAUCCUGAUGACCACGAGGCUCAGUCUAACAUGCUCCUCGCCGCAACGCUCGCUGGUGUUGGAUUCGGAAAUGCAGGUGUUCACCUUUGUCACGGCAUGAGUUAUCCGAUUUCUAGCCAGAAUCCAGGAUACAAGCAUGCUGGGUAUGAUGUCGCUUACCCCAUCAUUCCGCAUGGUGUCUCUGUCGCGGUUACGGCUCCUGCUGUUUUCCGAUUCACGGCUGCUUCGAACCCGGAUCGUCACUUGGCUGCGGCGGAGGCCUUCGGUGUUGAUAUUUCCAAUGUGAAGCGUGAGAGUGCGGGCGAGGUGCUUGGAGCGGCGAUUGCGGAGUUCUUGGUUAAGCUGGGGGAUCAGCCACGUGGUCUUAAGCAUUUGGGAUUCAAGCCUUCUGAUGUGGAUGGUUUGGUUGAGGGUACUAUUCCACAGAAGCGGGUGUUGAUGUUGGCGCCGAACUUGAGUGAGGAGCUUCAGGCUGAGAAGGGUGAGCUACGACGUUUAUUGGAGGAGUCUAUGGAUUAUUAA